UGAUGCAACCCGAGCAAAAGCUCAGUGCUGGAAGAGGUUCCUUCUCGUCCCACCCCCCUCCCCGCCUAACAAGGUUUCGAGGCAACCGCACCACCUUCUCCCUUGCAGGAUACUUGGUAUAAUCUUUACUCUGAUAUAGGGACAAAGAAACCUCAAAGAAAGAAGAGGGAUGAGGUGAUUCGACCGGUAGUCCAUAGUAAUAUAAAAGUUCCUUCCAAAUGGCAAUCAAUUUAUAAUAAACCAAGAAAUAUUAAGGCUUUUCUGGGCAUAGGGGAAGACAAUUUUGCAUGCUGCUCUGGACCUUUUGGAGCAGGUGUGGGAUCAAACAAACAAACCAAAAAUCAUAAGUCAGUUUUCUCCAAUCUGGUAUCUUCCAGGCAUAUUUGUUUAUCUGAUGGGCAAAAGGCUUGCAAGCAAAUAAAAGAGUGUUUUCACAAAUGGAGAUACCUUGAUACCACCCAUGAAAAUCCUUAUACCUAGAUUUACACUAAAUAAUUGGAAUGGUGUCCUUACACUUGUAAAUGAAAAAGUAGUUCCUCGCUGUGGGGGUAUUCAUAGAUUGUUUACUUUAAAUGGUCAGCCUGUACAUGGACCUGAUAAAUUAGAAGAUAACCAAUUUUAUAUUGCAUGUGGCAAAGAAAAAUUUCAGCGUUUGCCAUACUGGCAACAUCCUAAGGUUCCAGAAAAUAUUCGUCGGAAUUUUUUGAAUUCACCAGAAACUCCAGAAAAGCCCCAUUUGAAACAGCCUCCUAUAGAAACACCUAAGCAAAGAAAUCGUAUUGUGACUCCCAUAGAAGUAUCAAGACAAGGAGGAGGAGAUAGGAUCUCUGUUUAUUAUGCCAAACCUGAGAAACCAAGUCAAGAAAGACAGGCUCCUAGACCUGUGUCUCCCAAUGAUGGGCAUAGUGUCUAUAUAGCUCAUAAAUCCCCAACAGAAAUUGAAGGGGCUCGUGAGAUUCAAGAAGACAAAGAUGUUAAAGUGGAAAUACCCAUUGAUCAGGUUCCAGCUGAGAUCAUCCAGGAUGAGGAGAUUUAUGCAGAUCCUGGGAGUUUUAAAGUGCAGGCUCCAGCUGAGAUUGUUCAGGAUGAGACAAUUGAUGCUAAGAAUAUAGAGGAACAGGCAAAAGAAGGUGAGCAACUGCAGGAGAAAAAAGGUCCUUUCAAAAGAAUGUUUGGAUUCUUUUUCAGUAGAUCAAGGAGAAAAGGUAUGUCGUAUUUAUUGUUUCAACAUCGUAAAUGCCUUCAGAUAUACAACUUCACAUACAACCGAUCAAGUAUUAUUACUGCAUUCAUAACAUCAACAAUGGACAGUAUGAUAGAUCCUUAGGAAAAUUUCACAUAUAGGAAAGAAGUUAUUUUCUCUUGGCUAAUUUCAAAGUUAAGUAUUUUGAGAUUCAGGACAGAUUCAGUGCUUUUUGAUAUAGCACAGUUUGUGGAAUUUGCUGCUUAAAAUUUAGUGAUGGCCAAAAGUCUGUGUGGACUUAACUAGAAGUAGACAUACUGAAAGAGAGUAAGGCUGUCAGUCACUGAUACUCCUUCCUUUCUACUCCCUUCUUUUGUGGGACAGUGUAUUUUUUGUGCCACUUGCAGUACGUGAGAUGCCUGAUUUUAUCCAGCUCAUAGGCUAUUCAACAGGUAGAGCAAAAUUGUGGAUUAGCUGGGUCAGCUUUUCACAUCUUAGCUCUUGGCUGUUAUAAUUAGUAAGAGGUUUAUACCUGUAGUCAUCUCGGCAUUCUUUGAUCAGUCCUUACUUUGUGGAUAUUUUGUAAGAUGAGGCAGAACAGUGUGGCCUUCAAUGUACCAUCUGAGCCUUUCUUUGAAAGUAUUUUCUUCUUUUUAUGAAAUAUAUUUUUCUUGUUCCCUUUUAAUAUUUAGCUAUGUCACAUCUUCCUUAGAGCACUGGCAUGCCUUAGCAGUCAGUUUAAGAUCUUUGAUAUGUUUACAUAAGUAUUUAUUACAUUAAUUCUUUAUAUUUUUGUGGAUGCAUUUAACAUUUUCUUAGGUUUUCAUCGAAAAGUGAAUAGUAUAAAAUGGAGAGGAGUUGUUUACUGCCCCCUCUGGUAGCUUGCACAAAUGCUUAUUUGACCCAUAGGUUAAAAAAAGUCACACAAAAAAUGGCCUCUUGGUCAUCCGGUUGCGGAAGGUGGGAUGAACCUUGUGUCUUUGAAAAUACAGUUGGGAAAAAACAGUUAAAAAUCCCAGAAUGUAAAUAUACCAUUGAGAACAAAAGAGUGACCAUUUAGAUGCUAGCAGUCAUUGCUAUGUGGGUUAUGCAAAGCAUUCCAUGUAUGAAUCUUUUGACAUGUGCAGCAAAUAGUUUGGGGUUCUAAAACAUGUGAGUUUAGAUGUUUUGCUGCAGAUGGGAAUCAAAAUUCAGUUCUGGGUAGAAAAGUUCCACUUUUGCUUUAGCUGUUGCUGUGAUUGGAAGUAGUAGCCUUACUUCUCUUGUCUAGUAAAGAGUGUAGCAAAGCCUUAGUAAAGAGACCAUUUGUGUUUCUCCUACUAUUCACAUAGGUUGGUGGGGGAGGGGUGAUCUGAGUUGAGUUCUGGGGCAAGGCAUUUGGUGGGAAGCUAUUGUGGCUUUGUCUCUGGAAACUGAUUGAAGAAAGAGCGACACAGAGGAAGAAAUUACUGCGAGGGACCAUUGGAUCCAGCACUGGAAUGGCACUUCUGCCCAAGGGCUAAUGACUGGCGGUAAGUACCCGGUUGCUCGCCGGCCUGCCUCAAAGGCGACCUACACCACCUUAACUUAAUUUACAGGUAAAUUAAAUUAAAUCAAUUUAUGACCAGAAUUUGAGCCCCAGAUUUCCAUUGCUAAGCAAGGUAGAUGUUAAGUGAGUUUUGCCCCAUGUUACGACCUUUCU